CUUUGGCUUGCCUCGGCGAGCUGCCAUCGACAUGGCGAGCGAGCGAGUGCGAGCGGAAGGGAAAUUGUGACUUCCGGAUUUUAUUCUUCGACUUUUGUUUUCCCUCCCGACCUCGACCCAUGAGUCGGACCCUGCAUGUCCUUCGCUUGGUCAUAGCGCGGCAGACCCGAUCCAUCACCUUUAGUCUCUUCCCGCCUCCACCAGAGAUCAAACGACGGCCUGUCGGCAUAUUCCUCGAGCAAGAUGCAGAGGAGUACAGGGAAGCUUCGAAACGGCUCGCUUCGGUUGCGAGCAGCUCGAGCGCUCUGUGCGAAGUCAUAGUCAAGGCAGUGAGGAGGAGAGACUUUGCAGAGGCGCUUGGGUUAUUGCAUCAGAUGCGCCAGGCUGGUCUGACUGUCAGGGAGAGGUAUGAGUACAAGGAUGCCGCGCUGGAUGCACUGAAGCGGGGGAACAAGGAGGAGUUUGUGGAGUGGAUGGAGCUGUAUCCAUACAGUGGAGACGAUCCGACAACGAUAGGACAGCGGAGACAAGAGGUUUUUGACGACCUGCGAGACAUCAUCCGGGAGCUCAGAGGAAUGGACGAAGACACGGCCAAGCGAUUCUUGCAGCUUUGUGCGAGGAAGGGAAUCCUCGCAUCCGUCAUUGAACACUUUAUUGCCGACUGGGGAGCGACACUGCGGCCAGAGAGAUCGCUGCCGAUGUUUGUCGACGUGCUCAAUACGUUUGCUGAAGCGGCACCGGAACGGAGCGACACGUUUGUCCGGGAGGUCGUCACCCCGAGCAUGAGCAAGUGGUUGAAUACGUAUAUUCGACGGAUCGCCCUCGCUGGGUGGUACGAACAAGCCGAGGCGUUGUAUCAGAGGCUGCCGAAGAGACUGGACUAUGUGUCGUGGAGGGAUCCAACGGGUGAGAUCGUCGGCUGGAAGUUCGAGCCCAGGGAGAGACGAGCGGAGGAGGGGUCGCUCGCGAAGCGGGUCAGAGCAGCAUUGCAUCACGUACCGAGUCCGACAGAACUGGCUCAGUUAUUGAAUGAGCUCGAGUCCAGGCCAUCGCUUCUCAAGCGGUUCCGACAGCAUCUCAUCCGGCGCCCGGGCAAUCGAUAUCGGCCCAUCAGCUCCUCCAGGGGCGAGAGACGUCUUGAUCAAGCCGAGAUACUCAGGAGUCGUCCGGAAGAUGCCAUCCGAUACUUUUUGGAGCGCUACAGGUAUACACUGCCGCAGCAUCCCGAGGUGGAUCGUCUCGAGAUCAAGCCGUGGUCAAAGACAGCAGAGCCUCCACUCGCAUCGAUACAUAUCAUCACGGCGUUGAUUCCGGCAUUGCUGGAAACAUUACCGAGGAAACUCUUGCCCUCAUUCCACAGGGCAUACCUUAAGCAGGUGGAAUCGGUGGCGCCGUUUCAGCGUCCAACGCACGCCACGCAUAGCAUCUUUAUGCGGAAGAUUGCAAAGUCAUGCCACGGGCAACAGGCGAGACGGUCGUUGUUGGCAAUUGCAAAGGCUGGCAUGGAUCCGGGUCCGAUGGCCGCGACAUGGGUUCUUUUGGGUCUGGCCCGACGUGGUGACUGGCAGCAGCUGGAGGAAUUUCUGGGCAAGAUGCAGCGGCAGGAGGUCAUGGCAGGGGAGGUGAGGUUUCCGGCACCUUCGGAGAGGACUCUGGGGGUGGUCGUGGGGAUGCUAGAGGAGCACAGGAUGGGUGGGGUUCUGCAGGAGGCGGCUGCGGAGCCACAUCAGGCGUGCAGCUGAAUGAGGCGUGUGUCGCUGCACUAUCAGCGACAUGACCCCUUCUCAGUAGGUGUCGAACGACGAAUUGUGGACACAAGGGUACAGUCUCUAUACGACUGGGGCCGACCUCGUAGCACUAUCAGUAGCAUGACGAUGAGCGGACGUAUAUUACGAGGUGGCAGUCAGCGAGGGGCCACGAGAUUCAAUGUCUGGAACCGACCUAUCCGGUUCGAGGGUCCUACUUGGGAGGUAAACUUCUUAAUAGGGAUGUCAAGCUGGGUAGCUCGUAGACAACGAAUAUAUAUGUUGUCGAAGAAAGCACCCUAACUCUGUGGGACCGACUCUUAUACAGGUCUCAUCCGUCGUCCGUAAACGACCUAAAGCCAGGGUGGAUGUAUAAUGCAG